AUGUAUUAUGACGUGAAUAUCAGCCCGGACUACUUGAAGCAGGACAUCUGGAGGCUAGAGGAGAGCGAGUACCAAGGGUUCUGCAUGAAUAGGGUUGUAAGACCAGGGGAUCUCGAGAGACUGGGGUGCAGGUCUCCUGAACUUCUAGGAACAAAGCGAUGGUACAACCGGGUAGAAGUUGUGUUUGAAGAGGGGGAGCAGGUUGGCUAUGACCCAAAAAAAGCAACGAAGUGGGACCUGUUUGUUGUUAGGAUGAAUGGGACAGCAGGGAUGGACAGGCUAAUAAAGCUUCAGCCAGACAUGAUUACAUUCAACUAUGCAAGCCAAGGCCUCCCGUUUAAGGCUGGGCUGAUCAAGACUGCGAUUAAGGAGAACAUCUUCCUUGAGGUGCCGCUGAGAGAAAGCUUAUAUGGAGGGCCCUCUGGGGUCAUGUGGAUGAGGAACGUGCGUAGGCUGCUCUUUAUUACGAAUGGAAAGAAUGUUGUGUUUAGCAGCGGGGCAAGGCGCUUUACGGAGAUCAAGAAGCCAGGAGACAUUGCGAAAAUGCUGGAAAUGCUUGGGGUUACGAAAAGAAGGGCCGAGGAGAUGAUGCUCAAUCCCGAAAGACUGCUGAGAAGCUGUGCAGCGAAGAGAUACUGUUACAGAGACUCGAUUGUUCAUAGUGUUGACGAGGGAUUGCUGAAGAGAGACUUUAUACUAUCUCUAUACAGAGGCUGA